AUGUCUGCCAACACCGUUCCUGUCGAGCCUGCGGUUGAGCGGCGGAAUCAAAUACACUCUGCUACCGAGCAACAUUCCGAAGCUGGCGCCUUCGUACGAGAUGUGAUCAUCGGUUUCGCAGAUGGUCUGACGGUCCCUUUUGCUCUGACAGCCGGUCUGUCUAGUCUGGGAUCAUCCAAGCUGGUCAUUGUUGGUGGCCUCGCGGAGCUGUUCAGUGGUGCCAUCUCCAUGGGACUGGGAGCCUAUCUCGCCGCCGUAACCGAUCGAGAUCAUUACAAGAGCGAGGAGAAGCGGGAAAGGGAGGAAGUGUGCACGAAACCCGAGGCUGAGAGAGAAGAGAUCCAUGAGAUACUCUCUGGCUACGGCAUCAGCGCUGAGGCCUGCCAGAUGGUAGUCGACUGCCUGGCUCGGGACCAGGAGAACUGGAUUAGGUUUAUGAUGGACUUUGAGCUGAAGCUGGAGAAACCAAAUGUCUCUCAGGCCUGGAUCUCUGCCGCCACCAUGGGUAUUUCCUACUUUAUCGGCGGCCUCCUCCCCAUGAUCCCCUACUUUGUCAUGAACAACGUCACACAUGCUUUGUUCGUUUCGAUCGGCGUUACCUUUGUCGUUUUAUUGCUGUUUGGGUAUAUCAAGAACUUUGUCAUGCUCAAGACUAAACGAGCUGGGCUAUAUGGAGCCGUUCAAACGCUUUUUGUUGGAGCACUGGCUGCUGGGACCAGUUAUGGCAUUGUGUAUGGCGUCGACCAUAGUAAUAUCCAUGGUUAG